AUGGAUUCUUCCUUUUCUCGUGGGCUUUGGCCUCCAAAGUUGCAUCACCUUGUCAUAGGGGGAUUGAAGAAGCCCAUUUCAAAGUGGGGCCCACAGACUUUUCCAACCUCACUUGUUAAACUAAUUUUAAUGGGUGGACAGUCGGAAGAUGCAAGUAAUUUGUGUCAGUUGUUCCAUCUUCUUCCUUCAUCUCUUACUGAGCUUCGCAUAAUCGAAUUUGAGAAAGUGGAAUCAGUUUCAAAGGGACUCCAACACCUCACCUCCCUCCAGCAUCUCUCAAUUAUUGAAUGCCCUAAGCUAGUUCGUAUUUCAGCACCAACAAACAUCACUACCGGUUCCAACAUCAUUGAUUCUGCAAUUCUUGUUGCAUCUAAGGAGGGAGGCAACCGUGGUCGAGGAAAUAGAAACCGGCCUCGAUGCAGUCAUUGCAAUAAGAUUGGUCAUACAAUUGACCGAUGCUUUCAGCUUAAACCACCUAAGAUAGCUAAUGUUGCACAUGAGGGAACCCCACCAGGCAAUGUGUCUAUCUCUGCUGCUGAUUAUGAAGAACUCCUGAAACUACGAGAAGAAAAACAAUCUCCUAUUGCUUGCAUAUCUCAAUCAUCCCCAAUGGGUCCUUGGGUGAUUGAUUCAGAUGAUCCACAGAAACCACCAAACUUCCACUCUGAGCAUCCGAUCACAAAUCCAAUCAAUGAUUCGUCACCACCCGUGGAUCCUAUCACAAAUACACCGCCACCUUUGCGUACUUACCAUCGACGUCGGCCGGCCCAACCAACUGACUCUUCUUCCGGUGAACAUCCUUAUGAGCACAUGGUUUCACCUACAACAGAACCUUUGAGUGAACCUGAUGAUACAAGCCUACCGGACUCACCUCCUACGCCGAUCGCGCCUUCUGUGUUGGAUCCUGAUCUAGACCGUCCCGUAGCUGAACGGAAAGUCUCUAUUCUGCACUCUUUGCUUUCUGAAAUUUUGGCCACACUUUGA